AUGUCGACGUCCGUGUCUGAAGAACCGGCUCAUCACCCUGUCAAGCGUGCGCUCGCACCAUGGAAACUCACGGCUGAGGUGUACAUGCUCUUCCUGACAUUGAAGGAGUUGCCCAAAAAUGUGCAUGAUGAGUUGGAAGGCGAGGUUGGAGGGUGGGAUGACAAGGAGAAGGGAACGUUCAAGGGGGGUUUGGGGAGUGUGGUUGUCGUUAGGUAUAGGGACACGCCUGUAGGUCCAUACGACGAACUUCUCCUCGUCCCCGGAAACUUCAUCGUCCCACAGCCCACUAGCACUACCUCAUCCCACUUGCCUAUCAAGAUCCCUAAAAAAGCCCAACGCAUAUCCCGCAUCUACGUCUCCCAACGCACAACAACCUAUAAUGGCCGCCUGAACUGGAAUAUACCCAAACACCUCGCUCGCUUCUCCUUCUCUUCGCCACCGACGCCACCUGGUGCCUCGCCCCCCUCCAGCCUCACCGUGCAAGUCUUUCCCCCAGGCACUAAGGAUGGAGAUGGCGGCGCCCCAUUCUUUGCUUGUACGCUCAAGCCGUGGACGUUGGUUCCGCCCAUUCCGCUAAACACAAAGUAUCUUCCGCUUAGCAUGGCAGCCGCGCAGCCGCCAUUGCCUGCUGCACCAGAGUAUGAGAGGUCGCUUAGCGAGGUCCUCGGGGGAGCAGAGGUGGACGAGUAUGAUCUAGAUCCGAAGAAAGAAGGUGCCGUGCUGGUGGGCACGCAGAAGUGGCGGGCGUUUGAUAUUGCGGCGAUUACGCCGAGAGCGAGGGGGUGUUGGGUUGAGGUGCAUGAGAAGAAAGACGAGGAGGUGGUUGAAGAGGGUGGAAAGGAGUGGUGGCCGAGGAAUUUGGGGUCGUGGAGUGUCGGGGCUUGGAUGGAGGAUGUGGAUUGGAAAUUGGGGGAGGUGGUGGAGUGGACAGGGUAA